AUGGCUCGGCGGCGGCGAGAUCUCCAUGUAGGCAUUGUGGGAGCCGGGAUUGGCGGCGUGAUGGCCUCCAUUGCCAUGGCACAUGCCGGCUGCACGGUCACUGUGUUAGAAGCCGCUUCGCAACUUGGCGAGAUUGGAGCUGGUAUCCAAAUGGUAACGCCAAAUGUGGCCAGGCUUCUGAUUAAAUAUGGAGUGGACAAAGCCAUCGGCAAGGAUCUGGUAAGGUUCGACGAGUUCAACCUCAGAAGGAAGGACGGUACCAAGGUUGGACAUACUUUCAUAAAGCAGGUUGAGGAUGCGACUGGCUUCCCCUGGUGGCUCGUUCAUCGGCACCAUCUACACACUGGGCUGGUUGAUGUUGCCCGGAAGCGUGGUGUGAACCUGAGGAUCAACAGCAGAGUUGUCCAGCUCCAGCAACAGCCGGACGGCAAAGUUUUCGUGACCACAGAACACAAGCAUACCUAUACAUUCGAUCUUCUGGUGGGUUCUGACGGGAUCCAGUCCGUCGUGAGAAAUACUCUAUUCCCGGAUGUAAAGCCCCGGCCACCCAACGGGAACUGUGCGUAUAGAGCCAUAGUGCCGUAUGACGAGGUGAGGAAAGAUCCACUUACUAGAGAGCUCGUGGAGGACAAGAAUGGCAAUCUGGUCAAAACCAUGGAAGUCUGGAUGGCACCGACUGGCUACAUCAUCUCGUAUCCUCUCUCGGAUUGCAAAGACUUCAACAUGGUGUUGAACCACUUCCAAGAGAAGCCCGUUGAUUGCGUUGAAGAAGUCUCACUGGAAGAGGUGAAAGACCAGUAUAAAGGCUAUGACCCACGCAUAAAGCGUGCGAUUGAUAUGAUCAAGCCACCAAUAUCUCGUUGGCCGCUUCUCGUCACGGGCCCUCUCGAUUCGUGGUCGAACGCAGAAAAGAACGUCGUUCUGAUUGGAGAUGCAUGCCACAGCAUGGUGAAUCAUAUGGCGCAAGGUGCGGCGACAAGUAUGGAAGAUGGCGCAUUCCUGGCGCAAUGCUUGGGCGCUGUUGUCGACGGAAGAUUGAGCAUCUCCGAUGCCGUUGCUGUCCAUGAGAAGUGCCGAAUGCCGAAGGCAAGCUACAAGCAGCAGCUGUCUUUCCUCAAUGGCUGGCUCUGGCUCUUACCAGACGGCCCUGCGGCGGACGCACGAGACCGAACCAUGAAGGGUGAGCUUGAAGGUCGAGUCUCGAUGCGGAGCGCCAAUCUGUAUGGCGACCCGACGACAGUGCUCGAGUGUUAUGAGUAUGACGCCGAAGCCCACGCGAGAGACGGGAUUGCCGCGUGGCUUAAUGCUGGCCGACCUGUUCGGGACGCCACGAGCACGGUGGAGCGUCUCGAAGCAGAGAAGAUUGCGAAUUGGUUUUUGCCAGAAGGUCACAAGUUCCCGAUACGGCCCCGAAUGUGA